AUGUCUCGCAUAGUAAAAAGUGACCUUAGGAUGGGUGCAUUUCGAAGAAUGACAGGACAAAGGCUAAUCACUCUCCUAAAAAAAUUAGAGUGGAUAGAUGCAAAGUCUUUAUUCCCUUAUACUUGGCCAUUACACCUUACACGUCCUUUGGCCCUUAUACGUCUUCAUCGAAAGAUUUGGUUAGCGAUGAGAAAAUUUUUACAAUUGAAGAAAAAUCACCAAAAUGAUCAUGUGUACGCACAUAGCUCUAAAGAAAUCCAGGAAGUCAUAGUAAGAGUGGAAAGAGGUCUUCACGCUUCCUCAGUGAUAAUUUGGUGGGAAGUUUGCGUUGAUGGCUCCAUAAAGGAUUAA